AUGGAAACAAGAGCUAUGGAAGCCCGUGAACAAUUACGGACACUCAGUGAAUCAUCAUUAAACACGGUGAAAUUUUUAGAAACCAUUCAGCAAAUGUUCAACGAAAUGAAUAAACUAAUCAGUGAAAUUCGGGAGAAAUGUUCUAUGAAUCCUACGAUACUAGACGAUAAUGACACAUAUACUUUGAAAAUUAAUGUUUUACUUUUAUUGAAUAAUAAUUCAGCAGCGAUGCAUUCCGGUUCGGUUCACUCUUCAAAGUGUGGAUACAAUAUUGGUAUUAGUGUCGCUAUGGAAACAGAUGAACAAGUCAACCAUCGUUAUGUACAUGUUUCCUUCAUGAUUUGUCGUGGGGAUUAUGAUGCCAUUCUGUAUUGGCCCUUUUCCUAUCCAAUUACAAUAAGCCUAGUUGACUUAUCAGGUGGAUCCAAUCACAUAUUUCAUUCAAUUCAACCCGGUUCUCAAGCGGAAAUAUUCAAUAGACCUUUGAGCACAGCAAAUAUGCCGUAUCAAAUAUCUCGAUUCUGUUCAGCUGAGAAAUUAGCCGAAACUGACUCAAAUUAUGUGCGUGAUGGCAACAUGUUUGUACGGUUACAUGUUGAUUUCACUGAAACAGAUCACUUUCCAUACCAAUCAAACAAGUUGUAA